AUGGCUGCCCCCACUAAGCCAGCCUCUGCUGUCAAGAUCUUCCAGACGGAAGUUCUUGAUGCCGUCCUGGAAGAUCUGUGCUUGGACAUGAGCGAAGCAUUGUGCACCAGCAAGGAAGGCCACACGAUCCAGUACGGUGUUUAUGAUCCUACAGGGGUCGAUGGCUUGUGUGCUUGCUCCGACCGUCCUUCCAGAAACAUCCUCAAAGCUCGCUGCCCGAAGUUGACAUGCCCUUCCACCAAGCCGGAAUUGCACUUCGACAUUUCUCAAGAUGAGUGCUUCUGCGCUGCUGCAGAUGGCUGUAUCGAGCCUUCGAAGCUCGCACUACCUAUCAUGGCAGACUCCGACCUCGCCUUUUUGCACAGCUCCAUGUCUCGCAGCAUUCAUCGCAUCGGAGACAGAAUCUAUAACCUUGUCACUGCUAUUGACGUUUGGAAGAUGCUUGACCCGAAUCAGCAUGAUCUACUGGAGCUUACAACCACCGUCAAUGCUGUCCUGGGACAAUUGCCAAUCUUGACGAGCAAGAUUCGCGCCUCCAACUCUGAGAUCCGCGAGCAAGUGGAAACUUUGGCGGCUGGCCAGAUGCACAAGCGGCAAGAGCCCACCUCGACUUUCUCCACGUCAAUUGACCCAGCCGCACCUACCUUUAUUCCUCCUCCAAAGACCGAUAUUACUGACGAACUUAUCAAUCAGUCUUUGACCGUUGAGCCAGAGAAUACUGGGACUAUCACCGGAGUCAUGCCGGACCUAAUGAACGGUGUCUUGGUGAUGCCACUUCAGUUGCGAGGAAUCGCGCCCAUUGUGUCUCUCAAUUGCAGUACCUCAUUUCCUUGCGGCGCCAUCGGCAAGGGUCCCGACCCGAAUAUUCUCAUCGUACCCGAGACUGUCGUUGAUGGUGUACGUCAGACUGUUGUCGCUGACUGUAUGGUUCUCGCCGUGAACAUGUACAACCCCAAAAUCAUGAAUUGGGCCAUUCAGAACACCGACGGCGAGAUCUUCUCCCUAGUUGGGAGCAACAAAGUCAUCGACAUUGACAAGAUCAACACCACUGCCCCUGUGGCGCUCAGCUUGCGAUCGGCGCUUGACAUCACCAAGCGUGGUGCUGCUAAUGUUGUGGACUAUGUCAUUCCAAAGCGUAACCAGGUAUUCAAGGCCCCCUGCAACGCUCACUGCACCAGCAAAGGGUACUUCGUCCAGGGUCUUGAAGACUUCUGCGGUUGCAUUAAGCGAGAUGAGGAGAUUCCUUCCUUCGAGCCUCGUGGCAUCUCAGCGCCCGACCUGACCGAAGCUACCAUGUCUGCUGAGGCUUGCACGGCGAUGACGUGUAUCAACAAUGGAGGCAAGCCAGCUGUGUUCAACCCUUACAGCAUGACUUGCUGGUGUGUGGACGAAGUUUUUGUCGAGGACAUCUCCAGUGGUUGGGCUGUUCGCUUGCGGUCCUUCGUCUCGAGAGCGCUUAGCCUAGCGGAAUGA